AUGCUCGAUAAGCUCGUCGGCCUCGCCAUGCUUGCGGCCGCUUCCUUUGUGUUCCUCUACUACACAAUCUGGACGCUGUUGAUGCCCUUUGUCGAUGACGACCACCCCCUCCAGAACUUCUUCCUCCCCCGCGUCUGGGCCAUCCGCAUUCCCGUCAUCCUCAUCCUCCUCGGUUCCGCCGUCGUGGGCUCUUUCUUGGCCAUUGUCAUGAUUCGCAGCAACCAAAAGAAGGCCGCCAAGGCCAAGGCUGCUGCCGCCAAGAAGAAGGCAUAA